CGGAACAGUUGAGCAUCAAAAUCAACUCAAAGCAGCAACCAAAAAAUCUAAAAAAGCAAUCCACAAACCAAAGUUACUUUGAAGAAAAGAUGGAACGAGCAGUGCUUGCCCUCCUUUGCCUGUCGGCCGCUUUCUGCUUCGCCAGUGCCCAGGAUCUGCCGAGAUGCCCAGACGAUUGGCUGACCUUCUACGCUAAGUACCAACGCGAAAAUUACGCUCAAGAGUCACAAUCACUGCUGGUUGAUCAGCAAUGCACCUUCGAAGUCAGCCUGUCCUUCGGACCAUUUGUCGUCACUCCCACCAUCUCCGUCUGCCGGCCCGGCACAGUUUCCCAAUUCAUCGCUCCAUCACCGCGGGGCGGCGUUUACAUCUGUCAGACCGUGAUAAACGUGCCCGAGCCGGCUCCAUUUGCCGCUCCCCUAGUGGUUAAUGACAUCGUUCCACCCGCCCCCUCCGCUGCCACUGAGCCACCCACCCGUCGUCCGGCUGAUGGCGGAAUCUCCGAGUGUCCCACCGGCGCUGUCUUCAGCAGAAACCGGUUCAUUUUCUCUUCUCUGUAAGUCUCCAGUUCAACAACCAUACUGCAGCUUGAACAUAGCAAUAAUAUGAUCAUUAAAAAAACUAGACACCAUGGCCGAAAAUAAUUGACUGUUUCUCUCAACCCACAGACCACUCAUAGAACAAGUGGAGUGUUUCAUCAGAACCAGAGUUAAUGGGUAAAUAGAGUAUAAUAUCCACACACAUAGUAGCUACAUACAUUUGGUAGCACAAUCCCUUUCACACUGUCUCACUGUCUCAAUGAUAAAGUUCACUGCUGUUAACAUCUCUUUUUCUCCAAUGGCAGAUCUGCUGGCCAGCAGAAGACAUCCUCGUGGGAAUGUAAGGAGGGAUACAGGAUGGAGCCUGUCAGAAGGAACCAGGUCCGAUGUGCAGAGCAGUAAACCACUUCACCACUGGCAAACUUCAUACUAGUCAUCUUUGUCAAUCAUGAUUUCACUUGUUUUGCAUAAUUUUCACUUUCAAAACGUAUGAUUCUAGAAUGCAUGCGACAGCAAGACCCCAUUCAUGUUUGAAAUUCACAAGCGA